CACAUUUUGCUCAUCAGCACUGAGUGGUUCCAAUUGACGGUCGGGUCGACCCUCCAGCGUAGACACUAUUGGUCAGCCUUUUAAUACCGGCGGUCGUGACUGGAUCAGAUACCCAGAUCGUUCUUAGACAGAAGACAUCGCCGGAGCAUUCGGUUCGAAACUUUUAACGUCGCCAGUGUCGCGCAGUUUGCUGUCCACGGUCGUGUUCUUAAGAACUAGAGGGAUCCAAGAGACAUAUCCGCCUGUUCUGUUUAUCGGAGUUGAUUUAAGUCGGUCAACGAGUAGCAGCGAGCCCGCGAGAAGAAGCAUCAAGGCGGUACAACCCGCGAGGGAAAUAAACCUCUGGAAGUAGGAAAAUAAAAAAUAAGUCGAUGCAUAUGGCCUCGAACGCAAUCAGUCACGCAGCACAAGAUUUCCUUUGGUGAAUUGUUCCGCCGACGAAGAACACCACUUGCAAACAACGUUCUUCCGUUCGAGAAACUUUCCUUGUACGCGGAUCGAACACACAUCGCUCUGCCAGUUUUCUUCAAAAGAGACAGUUUUAUCGAGUACAGCUGUACGUUUGAUAACACACGAUAAGCAAGAGGUCUCGAAUAACACCUACAGUCUCGUUUACCAAUUGGAUGGCUCAUGUUUAUUGGUUGUUGCUCUUUGAGAGAUCUUGAUUGUUACGUCUGGCUUGGAAGAACCGAAGGAACCGUUUGGAGAAAGUAAUUUAGACAGUUUCGUAAGAAGAUACCGAAAAAAUUCAUUCGGUCCGAUCAAGAGGAAUCUGUUUCUGGGUGAUCUUUUUCGAAAGUGGUCCCCUCUCCGUUCGUCGUCGUAAGGACUUUUGAGGAACAUCGAAGAACGAUACGCCCACACGAUUUGGUUUUACGGUGCGAAGCCUCGUUUUUCACUUCUGGAUCAAGUUUAUAUUUCCAUCGGCACCAUGGAACGAAGGAUUCUGAAAAUGUGGUGACGACGUGCCAGGCGAAGGCCUUCGAUUAUCAAGACACUAUCGAGUGUGUGAGCCAUAGUCGUUAGAAAACAAUCAAGAUAUAUUUCAAGUGUCUAGUGACACACGCAAGAGAGCAAUAUUUCGUCGCCAUAGUAAAAAAAAGAAAAAGGAAAAAUAAAAUACUAAACACAAACAUUCCAAGGAUUAACAGAAAAGUUUUUUUUUUCUCAAAACAUCGAGACUAAAGUUUCUUGUUCGAUCCCGUUAGGAAGUGAUAACGAAGUACGGAUUUUCAUUUCGCGAGAUUUCGUGCCGGAAAAGGAUCGCAAGGGUAACGGCCGAUAGCAGAGAGAAGAGCAACACCGGCAUCCUUUUCUGCGACUUCACACGUGUCCACGGAAAAAUCUCAACAAGAUGCGUUGCAGCCAAGGCGUGGCGAUGGUAUUCGAGGACGCGUUCGUCGUCUUUUCGCGAUUUUUGUCCCUCAAGUCGCGGGGUUGCGCACUCUUGGAGACCCAUCGGCAGCGCGAGACAACAGGCAUCAAGAAAUUGUACAACAGUUUCUUCGUGAUGUUCUAAGGAUAACUCCCCAACCGUUUCGCGAAAUAAUUUCGGCUCUUAGUUGACGGUUAGUCGAGUGAUGGUACGUGCAUUCCCGGGGUCUUCGUGGGUCCAGCAGAAGAAUACACGGAGAUCGCACGAAAAAGGAGGACGUUUUGGUUAGACGAAAGCUAGACAAAGAAAAUCGAAACCGAGGAGGAAAUUGUGAGAGAACGACCGAAAGAGAGGGGAAAAAAACACUGGAUAAAAUUAAAUCAGCCACAGAAUGUACAAACGCGGUUAGAAGUAGCAAAAAGAGAAGUCCCCAAGUCUUGGUUGAAAACCCCCGAAAUCUCAUCGUGGAUGAUCGUGUCGAUGAUCACCAUCGAAACCCGGACUUAUCGCCUUCUCUUUCGAAUAAACCUCUACCAAAGCGUUCUCCGAACGAAUCUUCAAGCACUCGAGCAACAGGUACAAGUGGAAUCGUAAUCAGGAUCGAAACAAUUCAUGCUCCCGAGGGUAGUGUAACGGAAGGAAAAAGAAACGAACCCUGGUAGCGAGUGCUUCGAGAUUUUAAGGCCGUUGAAUGGAGCUCCAAUUCAUCAUGGACGGCGCUGCAGAUGCUAUGAACGGGACAAUAUGGUUUCCUAACACGCCGUCGCCACCGUACGAGCAACAGUCCCCGGUUCGUCAAAACAGAUGCGACCCCAUCGCUACUCAACAUGCGUCAAUGGGAUAUCACAGUCCACAAAAUUGUUUAUGGCAGGACAAGUACAACUCACCGAAGGACUCGCCGGAGGACGGGGUCCAGAUAUGCUCGAGCAACGGAUCGCCACAGCACUUAAGCCCAUCGUCCGAGAACACACCGAAUUGCCAGCAGAGUACCCUGAAACGACGAGCCGGGGAGCCGUUGCAACAGAUCACCGAACUCGAGAAAAAGCACGCUAGGAGAGAUGGAUCUGUGGGAAGUAAUGGUUCCGGACAGGGUUGGUCGACCCAAGUGGAAGAACUGGCAGAACACCUCGCCGCUGAUUUCGAUGGAUCUUUGUCAGCACUUGCAGCAUCGGAUCUCGCGACAGCCGUCGCCUCAUAUAACAUGAGCGAAGCCUUGCUCGCCCUGCCAUCGCUGACGGUCUUCAAGCAAGAAGCACCAUCGCCCGAAAACCAACAAAAUUCCAAUUUGAACCACGUGUCACAAAGAACGAUCAAUUCGGCCCUACCGAACAACACGAACGGCACCGUCGAUGCUGACAGUAACAAUAAUGGGCAAACGGCGGCUAGUCUUCAUCAGUUACUCUACUCUUCCAACGAGGAAUAUCCACCGACAUCGUCCUCGGGGAAUCACGUUUCUUCCUCCCAGCAUGGAAACGAGCUCAACGAGGAUUGCCGCUUUCAGUACGUUCUCGCCGCGGCGACGAGCAUCGCGACGAAGGUCAACGAGGAGACACUUACCUAUCUGAACCAGGGUCAAUCUUACGAGAUCAAACUGAAGAAACUCGGCGAUCUCUCCGCCUAUCGGGGGAAGAUUCUGAAGGGACAUCCGACCUUUUUGUUUCAGUCGACGAUACGCAUAUGCUUCCACGAGAGGCGACUUCAGUACACGGAACGGGAACAGAUGCUGGCUUGGCAACGAGCUAGACCCGGCGAAAGACUGUUGGAGGUCGAUGUUCCGCUGAGUUACGGGAUGGUGGACGUUUGUCAACCAUCCCCGUCCAAUAAUAGCGUGGAAUUCAUGUGGGAUCCCACCAAAGAAGUCGGUGUUUACAUAAAGGUGAACUGUAUCAGUACUGAAUUCACGCCGAAGAAACACGGUGGCGAGAAAGGCGUACCGUUUCGUAUUCAAGUGGAGACUCGAUUACCAGGAGGACCCCGUCUACACGCAGCCUCUUGCCAGGUGAAGGUGUUCAAGCUGAAAGGUGCCGAUCGCAAACACAAGCAGGAUCGUGAUAAAAUUUUACGACGACCGCCCCACGAGCAGGACAAAUAUCAGCCGAGCUACGACUGCACGGUUCUCUCCGACAUUCCUCUAGAGUCUUUAUCGUCGUCCAGUUUAAUACCGCAAAACGGAGGAAGCCCCUACGCUCCGACAGAGGCAGUAUCACCCCAAUCUCGGUCGACCAUAAGCGGCAACACUUCGCCCGUCGUUGCCCCCUUGGCACUUUCAGUUUCCAAUCCUGGUAUCAUACCACUAGUUCCAGCCUCAGAUGCAGUCAAAGAGAACGUGGGAAUCGCACCUGCUUUACCAUCGCCCGCGGCUAUAUUACCGGAUCAGUCCUGCAUCGAAAACGAAGGAUCAUCGUGUUUGGCCCAAUUGUCACCUGACGCAAAUGCUACUCAGAUGAGCACGUGGCUACGUGCCGGUCGUUUCGGUGCCUUCGAAUCAACAUUCGCGAGCUUCUCUGCCUCCGACAUUUUGCGACUCUCCAGGGACGACCUGAUCCAAAUCUGCGGUCUGGUCGACGGGAUUCGACUGUUCAACGCGUUACAUUCGAAAGCCCCCGGUCCGAAACUCACCCUCUAUUUCUCGAUGGAGGACAACGGUUCGCUUUGGAGAGUCGCCUACCUGGACAACUUGACCAGCAGCGCCCUGAUGAAUAAAUUAUUGAACACAUUGAACUUACCUCACGAACGACUGCACUCUGUGCUCUUUCUCGGUCCUCAAGGUAUCCACGUUUUGGUUACCGACGAGUUGGUAGUGAACAUGAAAGAUGAGAGCAUGUACUUUGUCGAAACCAUCAAAGAUAACGCGAGCGAGCGUUACAAGCUCCUUCUAAAGCCCACGUCGCGUUCCUAAAAAGCACAUCGACUAACUGCAAUU